AUGAGUGUCAGAGUCGUCUCUAGGAUACGGCCAUUGCUCGAAAAGGAGCGCGAAUGUGAUAUUAUCGUUCGAGCCGAUGCUGUCGAUUCUAGCAAGCCCAGCACGAUUGUAAAGAUUCCCAACCCAAAGAAUGAGGCUGAGGAGUUCUCCUUUACCUUCAACGGCGUGUACGACCGGGCUACGACUCAGGAGGAAUUGUUCACUGCUGAAGUUGCUCCGUAUGUCAAGUCUCUCUUCCAGGGGUUUGACGUGACAAUAUUCGCGUAUGGUGUCACUGGUACGGGUAAAACACACACGAUGCGAGGCGGUAUGAAGCUGGCAGAUCGCGGUGUCAUCCCCAGAAUGCUUAGUAGUGUAUUUCGACGAGGCAAGAAGAUCAUGAAGGACUCAAAGGGCGAGGCCGAUGUGAAGGUUUUGCUAUCAUACUACGAAAUCUACAACGACAAGGUUUUUGAUCUCCUUGAGCCACCCGAGAAGCGAACACCCGCCGGUCUACCGCUGAGAGCUGAGGCCAACGGCAAGACUGUUGUAGUCGGUCUGUCUGAACGAGGUUGCGAGGAUCUGAAGGAUUUCGAAAAGUUGUACAUUGAGGCCAACAACAACCGCGUCACAGCAGCUACCAAGCUCAACGCUCACAGCAGUCGCAGCCACGCUAUCCUCCGAGUUAAGCUUAUUCAAACGACCGCCGAUUCAGUCCAAGAGAGCACAGCAUCAGCCAUUGACUUGGCUGGUUCUGAGGACAACCGCCGAACUGACAAUGCAAAGGAGAGGCUUGUGGAAUCUGCAGCCAUAAACAAGAGUCUAUUUGUCUUGAGCCAGUGCAUUGACGCUAUUGGCCGGGGCGACAAGCGAAUUCCGUACCGAGAGUCCAAGAUGACUCGCAUUCUGUCACUGGGCCAGAACAACGGCAUCACUGUCAUGAUCUUGAACCUGUCACCUCUGCGAGGUUACCACCUCGAUACUCUCAGCAGUCUGAACGUCAGCUCCCGCGCCAAGCGAAUUGAGGUCAGGGAGAUUGAGAACGAAAUUGUCUACAAAUCAGUUCCUAGGACAAACUCAGGACUCUCGGGUUCCAACGCCCUGCGUCAGCCUCUGCGACCUCUUGCCAACCUCACAAAUGUGCACAAUGGCAAUGUCGCUGCCAAGGCUGCUGAAAAAGCAGCCGAAAAGCCUGUCAAGGCUUUCAGUGUCUAUAUUGACAAGUCGAAGCCAACAGCACCCGCCAACCGACCUCUUGUGAGCUCCAAUUUGGCCCGUCGAACAAACCCUGUCAAGCGGCCAUCUGAGAACGAUGCCGCUGUGAGACCGAGCAAAAUCUCGAGACCCGUAGCUCCGGCAUCCAUCACGGUCUCGGCUGCUCAAAUCGAGGCUAUGGUUGAGAAGAAGGUCAGCGAGAUUCUUGCUGCUCGAAUUGCGGAUGAGCAAAAGUCCCAACCACCACCAACGGUUCAACCCGAGAUCAGUGAGGCGGUACAGAGGCGAUUGGAAGCUCUUGAAAAGCGAAUCGAUAGUGACGAAUGGCGAGACGAUUCCAAGUCGGAAGGUUUGCGUUUCCUUCUUGCUGCCCGUCAACAUAAGGAACGUGGUGAGGAUGAGAUUGCUCUUAAGAUGUACGAGAUGGCUUUGCCAUUCUUCCCCGGUCAGUCAAAGCUGCUAAGCAAGAUUGAGAGACUACGAUCGCGUUUAGACGGAGACGCUCCCGCAGCGUCUCCUCGUCGGGUAACACCUCGCUCGGAACGCAAGAAGCGAAGGCUUGUGUAUGAUGAUGCGGAUUGCGAUUAUGAGACUGCUGAGGCCGAUGUGGAAGAAGAUGAGUUUGUGCACAAAGCUGAAAAACCCAAGUCUCGAAAGACCAAGGUCAAGCCCCUUGCUACUCAGUCUAUCCUCGCAAGUGAAGGCGAAGGUCCUGCCUCGCCUCGCACACAACAACUUCUCGACAUUGUCAACUCGCGUGACCUCGACCAAAUCCGAGGCCUGGUCGGGUUUGGUGCCAAGAGGGCACGCGAUCUGGUCGACUACCUCGAACUUGUUAGCAACGACGAGGCUGGCGGUCGUAUUGACAGCCUUGGUCAGUUGAGGACAGUACCUGGUAUGGGUAGUCGAACCGUAGAGAGAGCUUACGACGGACUUGCUGUUUGA